AUGUGGUAUUUGGACAACGGUUGUUUGAGGCACAUGAUCGGAGAGGCUAAACAAUUCAACAACUUAUCUUCCAAAACCAAUGGACAUGUCACAUAUGAGGACAAUAACAAGGAUAAAAUCAUUGGUGUUGGUAAAAUACAAAUUCCUUCCUCCUAUAAUAUUGAAAAUGUUUUACUUGUUGAGGGUCGUAAGCGUACUUUGAGGUUCAUUUUCAUGAUGGCUCCCUUCCACAUGCUGGAAGAAGUACCAACACCAAACCUGCAACACCUUUUCUCCUAUUACAUUGACCCAACUGGUGGUUCUCUUUACCCUUCAGAUAUUGACACUUCUCUCUAUGAUCCUUCCAUUUCCCUUGCUCAUUCUAUCAUCUUUCCAACUUCUCAACAAGAUACUCUACUCCCAUCUCCCAAACGCCAAAAGUGCUGCUGUGAGAGCGAAGUGCAAAAACUUACUACACAAACUGCCCUGCCAUCCAGUUACACAGAUGAAUUUCUUGUGCCUUAUGAUAAUUUCUACUCUUCACACAUUGAGGAACUGCCACAACAAAUAUCAGUUGGGUUUGCACAAUUUCAUAGUACCUGUGAGGAUCUUAAGUGUGUGAAAAAAGAAACGGAGAAAACAAUAUCUCCCCAAAGCUUAGCAGCACGAGAGAGGAGAAGAAGGAUCAGUGAGAAGACGCAGCAACUAGGAAAAUUGGUUCCUGGUGGACCAAAGAUGAACACGGCUGAAAUGCUUCAUGCAGCUGCAAAGUAUGUUAAGUACCUUCAAGCCCAAGUUAACUUGCUUGAACUCACAAAAUCACUGUUUUGGCAGCAAGAUAACGCAGAAACUCCUUCUGAAAUGCUGCAGACUCUGGUUGUUUCUUCCUUUGUUCAAGAGAAGUUAUAUACAGAGGAAAUGUGUUUUGUGCCAAAAGAAACUGUGAUAAAUAUGACAAAUCAUGAAGAUGUUCAAUCAAGACCUACCAUACUUAGGGAUCUUAAACAGCUCAUUGGGACAAACAUUGCCAACAAAGAAAAGAAAGAAUAA